AUGUCCCUGUCCAACUGCUCGGCGCACAGCGCGGGGGUGGAGGUGGCCGUGGCCUCGCUGCUGCUGCUGGAGUGCGGCCUGGGCCUGCUGGGCAACGCCGUGGCGCUCUGGACCUUCUUCUUCCGCCUGCGGGUGUGGAAGCCGCACGCCGUCUACCUGUUCAACCUGGUGGUCGCGGACCUGCUGCUGGCCGUCUGCCUGCCCUUCUACGCCGCCUUCUACCUGGUGCACAAGGCCUGGGGCGGGGGCCCCGGGGCCUGCCGGGCGCUGCUGUUCCUGCUCAUGCUGGGCCGGGUCGGCGUCUCCUUCCUCACCGCCGUGGCCCUCGACCGCUACUUCCGGGUGGUCCACCCGCACCUCAAGGUGAACCUGCUGUCGCUGCGGGCUGCCCAGGGCAUCUCCGCCCUGGUCUGGCUGCUGGUGGCCGCCCUCGUCCACCCCGGCGUGUUCGCGCCCGGGUCCGAGUGCCCCCCGCAGGAGCCGGGCAGCUCGCUGUCCUUCAGCGUCCUGUGGCGGGAGGUGCUCCUCUGCCUGCAGUUCCUCCUGCCCUUCGGCCUCAUCUUGUACUGCAACGCGGGCAUCAUCGGCGCCCUCCAGGCCAGGCUGCGGGACCCGGCCCAGCAGCCCCGGCUGCGCAGGGCCCGGGCCCUGGUGACCGCCGUGGUGGCGCUGUUUGCCCUCUGCUUCCUGCCCGGCUUCCUGGCCCGUGCCCUGGCGGCCACCCUGCGCCCCUGGGCCGGCUGCGGGCUGUGGAGGGCGCUGGUGCUGGCCUCCGACCUGGCCGGCAGCCUCAGCUACCUGCAGAGCGUGCUCAACCCCGUGGUCUACUGCUUCUCGCACCCCGCCUUCCGCAGCUCCUACCGCAGGGUGCUGCUCACGCUCCGGGGCCGCGCGCCCGAGGCCGAGGAGGCCCCCGGCAACCUCCGAGACUCCUGCUCCUGA